GCGAGAGCUAUGUCGUCAUCGUCGUCAUCAUCAAGGAACAAGAGCGAGAGCCGUACUACAAAGGAACGGAAUCGUCUCGAGAAGCAUCACCCAGAACUCAAAACCAUGUGGACAGAUUUGGAGAAGAUGCCCGUGAUGAAGGCUGGCAAGAUAGACCAGCCAGCGAGCAUUUCCAGACAGCUCAAGCCGUUUCAGCUCGAGGGCGUUGCUUGGAUGAAGGCAAUGGAGAAAUUGGAGUGGAAGGGAGGUCUUUUGGGUGAUGAAAUGGGACUCGGCAAGACUAUCCAGGCAGUGUCUCUCAUCAUGUCCGAUUACCCAGCCAAACAGCCCACUCUGGUCCUCGUCCCUCCUGUUGCUCUCAUGCAAUGGCAAUCGGAGAUCAAAUCCUACACAGACGGCACUCUCAAGACCUUCGUGUUCCACGGCACCAACCAAAAGGCGAAAAACAUCACUGUUAAGGAACUCAAGAAAUUCGACGUGAUCAUGAUGUCCUACAACAGUCUCGAGUCCAUGUAUCGGAAGCAGGAAAAAGGCUUCAAGCGAAAAGACGGCAUCUACAAGGAAAAGAGUGUCAUCCAUGCCAUCACUUUCCAUCGCGCCAUACUCGACGAAGCACACUGCAUCAAAACGAGAACUACAAUGACCGCCAAAGCCUGCUUCGCGCUGAAGACAGAAUAUCGUUGGUGCUUGAGCGGUACACCUCUACAGAAUCGAAUCGGAGAGCUCUUCUCCCUGGUGAGGUUUCUCAACAUCAAGCCCUUUGCGUCUUAUCUUUGCAAGCAAUGCACUUGCUCGACGCUCGAGUGGUCUAUGGACGAAAACAGUCGCUGCUCCGACUGUGGGCAUGCGGGCAUGCAACAUGUAUCCGUCUUCAACCAAGAGCUGCUCAACCCUAUUCAGAAGUUCGGUAAUUUGGGACCUGGCAGAGAAGCAUUCAAGAAGUUGCGAUUGAUGACAGACCGCAUCAUGCUACGGCGACUCAAAAAAGACCACACCAACUCCAUGGAACUUCCUGUGAAGGAAGUGCAUGUCGACCGUCAAUUCUUUGGAGAAGAGGAGAACGACUUUGCCAACAGCAUCAUGACCAAUGGACAGCGCAAGUUUGAUACCUAUGUCGCGCAGGGCGUCCUCCUGAACAACUAUGCCAACAUUUUUGGUCUCAUCAUGCAAAUGAGGCAGGUCGCCGACCAUCCUGACCUGAUUCUGAAGAAGAAUGCUGAAGGGGGUCAAAACAUCCUGGUUUGCUGUAUCUGCGAUGAGCCAGCAGAGGACACCAUCAAGAGCCGUUGCAAGCACGACUUUUGCAGGGCGUGUGUCUCCAGCUAUAUCAAGUCGACAGAUGAGCCAGACUGCCCACGAUGCCACAUUGGCCUGGUCAUUGACCUUGAGCAGCCAGAAAUCGAGCAAGAUGAAGCCUUGGUCAAGAAGUCCUCUAUCGUCAAUCGCAUCAAGAUGGAGAACUGGACAUCCUCGUCUAAAAUCGAACUCCUUGUUCACGAACUUCACAAGCUGCGUUCCGACAAUGCAACGCACAAGUCAAUCAUCUUCUCCCAGUUUACUACGAUGCUGCAGCUGAUUGAGUGGCGACUUCGGAGAGCUGGAAUCACCACUGUCAUGCUCGAUGGUAGCAUGACCCCGGCCCAGCGACAGGCGUCGAUCGAGCACUUCAUGAACAACAUUGACGUGGAAUGCUUUCUGGUAUCGCUCAAGGCUGGCGGUGUUGCACUCAACCUCACUGAGGCAUCCCGAGUAUUCAUUGUAGACCCUUGGUGGAACCCGGCGGCUGAGUGGCAGUCUGCUGAUCGCUGCCAUCGCAUUGGACAAACACGACCAUGCAUCAUCACGCGCCUUUGCAUCGAAGACUCUGUCGAAAGCCGAAUGGUGCUGAUUCAGGAAAAGAAGACGAGCAUGAUCCAUUCCACCGUCAAUGCCGAUGACAAGGCGAUGGAUACCUUGAGCCCCGAAGACAUGCAAUUCCUUUUCCGCGGUUCUUAGACGCGGCUAGACUUCGGCGGGACUGAGAUGGUCUGUCGGCCUCGACAUGGCCGAUUGGGCAUGGAACGCAGUAUCAUGAGUAUCAUGUCGGUCAUUAUUCUUAAAGGUCAGGCGUUGGGGGUUUGAUUGUUCACAAUGUCCGAUGUGAAGAUUUUGGGAGUUACUAUUGUAGAUCCUCGCGAUACACUAGUGCCGAUACAUAAUAAACCUUGCUUUGCUGUAUG